GCUGCGGCUCGUCGUUGUCCCGAGCGCGGCCCGGCGCUGAGGAGAGACGCGCGGAAUCGCUGCCCGCCCGCGCGCUGCCUCCCCCUCGCCAUGUCCGUGCCGGUGUCGGGAGCCCUGCGCAGGGAGCUGGCGGAGGCCGUGUCCGGGGCUCGGCUGCUGGUGGUGGGAGCCGGCGGCAUCGGCUGCGAGCUGCUCAAAGAUUUGGUGCUCACCGGCUUCAACAACAUCGACGUGAUUGAUCUGGAUACUAUUGAUGUCAGCAACCUAAACAGGCAGUUUUUGUUUCAAAAGAAACAUGUUGGGAGGUCAAAAGCACAGGUUGCCAAGGAAAGCGUGUUACAGUUUUACCCAGAAGCUAAUAUUAUAGCUUAUCAUGACAGUAUCAUGAACCCUGACUAUAAUGUAGAAUUCUUCCGGCAGUUUACAUUGGUUAUGAAUGCUUUGGAUAACAGAGCUGCACGUAACCAUGUGAACAGGAUGUGUCUGGCUGCUGAUGUUCCUCUUAUAGAAAGUGGAACUGCAGGCUACCUUGGACAAGUAACAGUUAUCAAAAAGGGAGUGACAGAGUGUUAUGAAUGUCAUCCUAAACCAACUCAGAAGACUUUUCCAGGCUGCACAAUUCGCAACACUCCAUCAGAACCUAUCCACUGCAUUGUGUGGGCAAAGUAUUUGUUCAAUCAGUUGUUUGGUGAAGAAGAUGCUGAUCAGGAAGUAUCCCCUGACAGAGCUGAUCCUGAAGCUGCCUGGGAGCCAACAGAAGCAGAAGCCAGAGCAAGAGCAUCUAAUGAAGAUGGUGAUAUUAAACGUGUUUCAACUAAGGAAUGGGCUAAAUCAACUGGAUAUGAUCCAGUUAAACUUUUCACUAAGCUUUUCAAAGAUGAUAUUAGAUAUCUGUUGACAAUGGAUAAACUGUGGAAAAAAAGGAAACCUCCUGUACCAUUGGACUGGAUUGAAGUACAGAAUCAAGAGAAAAACAUGUCUGAUCAACAGAAUGACUCCUCUUUAGGCCUGAAAGACCAACAGGUUCUAGAUGUCAAGAGCUAUGCACGUCUGUUUUCAAAGAGUGUUGAAACUCUGAGAGUUCACCUAGCUGAAAAAGGUGAUGGAGCUGAGCUUAUAUGGGAUAAGGAUGACCCAUCUGCAAUGGAUUUUGUUACUUCUGCUGCAAACCUCAGGAUGCACAUUUUCAGUAUGAAUAUGAAGAGCAGAUUUGAUAUCAAGUGUAUUGCUGGAAAUAUAAUCCCUGCCAUAGCUACAACUAAUGCAGUGAUAGCUGGUUUGAUAGUGUUGGAGGGUUUGAAGAUUUUAUCAGGAAAAAUAGAGCAUUGUAGAACGAUUUUUCUAAACAAACAACCAAACCCAAGAAAGAAGCUACUUGUUCCUUGUUCCUUGGAUCCUCCAAAUCCCAAUUGCUAUGUGUGUGCAAGUAAACCAGAAGUGACAGUGAAACUUAAUGUACACAAGGUUACUGUGUUGACAUUACAGGAUAAGAUAGUGAAAGAAAAAUUUGCUAUGGUAGCACCAGAUGUACAGAUAGAUGAUGGAAAAGGGACUAUUCUCAUAUCUUCAGAGGAGGGAGAAACAGAAGCAAAUAACCACAGGAAGUUAUCAGAAUUUGGAAUUCGGAAUGGCACUCGGCUACAAGCAGAUGAUUUCCUGCAGGACUAUACGCUGUUAAUCAAUGUGCUUCACAGUGAAGAUCUUGAAAAAGAUGUAGAAUUUGAAGUUGUUGGAGAUGGUCCUGAAAAAGUUGGCCCCAAACCAUCAGAACCAAUUUCUAAGAACAUUACCAAUGGUAGUGAUGAUGGAGCACAGCCAUCAACUUCAACAGCUCCAGAUCAAGAUGAUGUAUUGAUUGUUGACUCUGAUGAUGAAGGUCCUUCGAGCAAUACUGAUGAUGAUAUGGAAAAUAAAAACCGCAAGAGAAAACUAGAAGAUAGAGAGCAUGUCAGUACAAAGAGAAUGCGUACAGACCAGACAGAAGAGCAAGAUGACAUAAUAGCACUAGACUGAGUGCAAAUACCCAACGAUAGAACGAUAUAGAUAAUGUAAUACAAUAAGAUAUUACUUUGGGGUGUGUUAAAUGUCCAGAACUAGACUAUUUUUAUGGCCUUUGUUCCCAGGGAGAAUCACACCACUGGCUUACAGAAUUUGUGUCCAUUCCUCUUGAUGAUAAAGCACUCAUUUCAAUAGAAUCUUAGAAGUUUUCCAAUAUCCUAUAUUAAAUGUAGUAGAAACUUAGUUUAUAAAUACUUAAACAUAAGUAUUUGCUUAAACAGUCAUGAAAACAAAGCAUGUUAUUUUUAUGUAAAUACGUUUAGAUAUAAUUCAUUAGGACAAAAAACUACUCUUGUUUAGUAAAGGGUCAUCAUUUGAAACCCAGAUUUAUAAAUAUUAGAUUUUUAUUUUCGCUAGACAAAAAAUAUUUUUAGCCUAGAUCUAACCAUUUUUCACACCCUCAACUAAUUUGAGAUAGCAGAUUCUUUAAAAACAGAAAUAAGAAGUGCUAUGUUUAAACUCUCUGAUCUUAAACAUCAGCUGGCACUGUGUACAUUACUGUAAAACAAUGUUAAUUUACUCAAGUUUUUCAGCACGUACUGCCUGGUAUGUCAAUGUAAGAAGCAAAUUUUGUGUAUUGUUACAGUUUCAGGUUAUUUAUAUUUGCUGUUUUGUAAAACUCCAAUACUAUUACUAUACUGUACAUCUCAUGGACCAAAUAAACGACAUCUGAAAUACUUGCUAUAUCUGUUUGCACAGUCCAAGUUUGUGUGGAAUUCUGGGAUAUUUUACAAUGUAUACAGUCUUCAGAAAUUAAUACUGUACUAUCUUCAUUUUUGAAACAUAAUCUCAUAGUACAGAACUUAAAAAUUAAUUUGUUUGAGG